AUGACCAGGUUAGAUCUGGCCGCAUUCAGAACGCACACUCACUCCAAAGCGGCAAGCUGCCGACGCCUUCGACGCCACGAGAGCCCCGUCCACGGCACCGCCGUGCAGUUUCACAGUACUAACGAUGCCUGCGAUUCAGGGCUUCAGCGCCCUUCGGGCUCGGUCCUAUGUCCUACGACUCCCGCUGUUCACCAGGGCAAUCGCCGUCAUUAUUUUAUUUUUCUGGCUGUUGAGCCUCCCUUCGAUAUGGGAUGUGAGCAGCUGGGGGCAUACCGACUCUCGACUUUUCCGCUGGUGCAUUUGAACUUGAUCCAUGCGGCGCUCAACGUCAUUGCUUUGACACCCCUGAUGGAGCGCUUUGAGAGCGAGUACGGCACCCUGACUACGCUGGCCCUUGACUACCAUUCCCGCGAUUUUAUAUCUUGUCAUCGAAGCCGGCAUCCUUCGAGGAAACCACGCCGUUAUGGUAUGUGGGUGUUUCUGCUGCUCGGGGCAGAGGCAAUCCGGACGUACCGGUCAAAUCCGCACCUCGUUAUCGCGACCUACCAUAUACCGACCUGGACGACGCCGCUCCUCAUGAUAUUUGUCGUCGCCGUUCUGAUACCAAGCACAAGCCUACUUGGACACCUGUGUGGUGUUGGUGUCGGCUAUCUCGGUAAGGGCUGGUCUAGGUUAUAUCAAGUUUCUCGCGCCUCCAGAGUGGGCGCUGCGCUGGAUAGAGACGCGACUGAACCUCUUGGCCCUACUUCCGCACUAUGUGAGCGUGGACCAAAAGACGUUUGGGCGGUUUGGGGUGUUGCCCACGACGACCCGUGCCGGAGGCAGUGCGGCAACGGAGCUCGUCGGUAG